AUGGCCCACCGAUUUCCAGCCCUCACCUCAGAACAGAAGAAGGAGCUCUCAGAAAUUGCCCAGCGCAUUGUUGCCAAUGGCAAGGGGAUCCUGGCUGCAGAUGAGUCUGUAGGCACCAUGGGAAACCGCCUGCAGAGGAUCAAGGUGGAGAACACAGAAGAGAACCGCCGGCAGUUCCGAGAAAUCCUCUUCACUGUGGACAACUCCAUCAACCAGAGCAUCGGGGGUGUGAUCCUUUUCCAUGAGACCCUCUACCAGAAGGACAGCGAGGGAAAGCUGUUCAGAAACAUUCUCAAGGAAAAGGGGAUCGUGGUGGGAAUCAAGUUAGACCAAGGAGGUGCUCCCCUUGCAGGAACAAACAAAGAAACCACCAUUCAAGGGCUUGAUGGCCUUUCUGAACGCUGUGCUCAGUAUAAGAAAGAUGGUGCUGACUUUGGGAAGUGGCGUGCUGUGCUGAGGAUUGACAACCAGUGUCCAUCCAACCUUGCCAUCCAGGAAAAUGCCAAUGCCCUGGCCCGCUACGCCAGCAUCUGUCAGCAGAAUGGGCUGGUACCCAUUGUUGAACCAGAGGUAAUUCCUGAUGGAGACCAUGACUUGGAACACUGUCAGUACGUUACUGAGAAGGUCCUGGCUGCUGUCUACAAGGCUCUGAACGACCAUCAUGUUUACCUGGAGGGCACCUUGCUGAAGCCCAACAUGGUGACUGCUGGACAUGCCUGCACCAAGAAGUAUACUCCAGAGCAAGUGGCUAUGGCCACUGUCACAGCUCUCCACCGGACUGUUCCUGCUGCAGUUCCUGGCAUCUGCUUUUUGUCUGGAGGCAUGAGUGAAGAGGAUGCGACUCUCAACCUCAAUGCGAUCAACCUUUGCCCUCUUCCAAAGCCCUGGAAACUAAGUUUCUCUUAUGGACGGGCCCUGCAGGCCAGUGCCCUGGCUGCCUGGAGUGGCAAGGCGGCAAAUAAGAAGGCCACCCAGGAGGCGUUUAUGAAGCGGGCCCUGGCUAACAGCCAGGCAGCCAAAGGCCAGUAUGUUCACACAGGCUCCUCCAGCGCUGCUUCUACCCAGUCGCUCUUCACAGCCUGCUACACCUACUAG